GUCGUAGAGCCAACUCGGUUAAGACGUGUUUUUCUUUCUAUCGAAUCACCCACGCUAAGUCGUCCAAUCAGUUGCUUGUUGCUGGAGCCAAGUUGUUUUGAUAAUGUUUCGCACUCGAGUUUGAAUCGCGUCGCGGGCUACUACGUUCGAGUUUUGAUGUGAUAAUUUCCUAAUCAAACUGCAUGCGACCUUCCUCCCACCCCAUUACUGGAUCCUGCUAUUUGGCUUGUGGAUUUUCAUAUCUUCAAAUUCAUAGCCUACUUCGAGUGGAUUGAAUUAUAAAAAUGUGAUUUUUUGGAAGAUCAUUGUUGGACAUUCAAAGUGAAACCUGUGACAGUGAGGCCCUUAAAGUUGGGUGAAAAGCUCGGUAUUGUUAGUCAAUUGUAGAAUUCCUCCCAGUUUGACAGAAAACAUGUCGGUCUACCUAGAAGUUAGUACAAAGUGCGACGAUGAACUGUACGAUCGAAGCCUAGCAGAUGAUCGGGAUAGCAAUGGGAACAACGUGGCCAAUCAGCAGAACUUGCUUUCGCUCCAGAGCAUUGCCAGUUUAUCCAACCCAAAUUGUCUCUUUCAACCACACUCAACAAACAACGAAACAUAUGGAAAGACUGAAAAACGAAAACUCCUGUGGGCGAUAGCUUUUACCUUAGCAUUUAUGAUUGCAGAAUUCGUAGGCGGGUACCUAUCCGGCAGUUUGGCCAUCAUGACCGAUGCCGCCCAUCUGCUAUCCGAUUGCAUAAGUUUCCUGAUAGCGGUUAUAUCCAUCUGGAUAUCGAACAGGCCACCCGACGGGAAGAUGUCCUUCGGCUAUCGGAGAGUUGAGGUUAUUGGCGCCCUUUUAUCGAUCUUCGGCAUCUGGGCGUUGACCGUGGUGCUAAUUCUUAUGUCUAUAAGCCGGCUGAUAGCGGAAGACUUCGAAAUCGACGCAGACACAAUGAUAAUCGUUGCUGUUCUGGGCGUAGCGAUGAACAUAGCCACAGCUUUCAUUCUGCACGGAUCGUGCAGUGUCGUUUCCGGUAUGCAUCAUGGCCACUCGCACGGCCACUCACAUGGGCAUUCCCAUGGACACUCCCACGGUAGUGCCACCCAGUCGCAAACGCAUCUGAUAGUCCCCAGUAGUCCUUCGCCAAGGUCGCGUUCACCCAGUAAGAAGAAAAUGUCCCGACCCAAGAUAGAGAAACUGAAGAUCUGUGACGAGAAAAAGUGUGACAAAAUGGAACAGUUGACCAUUCACAAUCUUCCGCCGAGCCCAUCUGUUAGUCCUCAUAAUUCGGUUCCAAAUAGUAGACAUAACUCUUUCGCCACCGGAUCGUCCAUGCAAAGGCCCAACCUGGACAAUAUCCUGAGCAUAGCGAAGAAAAAACUCAACACCGAGGCCCUAAGGCAUAGGAUGAGUCUGGAUGUUGGUCUCAAUUCGCCGGACCUGAUCAGUUCCAGCAAGUUCCUGUACAAUAAAAUUGCGCCCGGUACGGAUGCCAGCUGUUCCCAGGAUCCUAGCCGAAGGGACAGUUUUGACAGUGACAACUUCUCGAUGGAUGGACACUGUCACGAGGGCGGUCAUCACCAUCAUAAUCAUGAGGAUGAAAAUCUCAACGUCCGGGCGGCCAUCAUUCAUGUGAUCGGAGACUUUAUCCAAAGCAUUGGAGUGCUGCUGGCAGCCAUCGUUAUUAAAUUUGUUCCCAGCCUCAAGGUGUUUGACCCGAUUUGCACCUUCCUGUUCUCGCUGAUCGUGCUGGUCACGACGGUGCGCAUCUUCCGAGACUCGAUGCGGAUCCUGAUGGACGCGGUUCCCGGAAACGUGUCGAUCGAGAAACUUAAAACCGAACUCGGGUGCAUCUCCGGGGUCAAAUCGGUGCACGACCUCACAGUGUGGAGCAUCUCGACCGGACUCAAUGUGAUGACCGUCCACCUGAUGGUUGAUCCCAUUGCCAACACUUCGGAUAUUUUAGUAGCUGCCCAUACGAUCGCACAGAAAGGAUUCAACAUCAAAAAAUGUACCGUCCAAAUCGAGAAGAUUCACUUUUGUGCGUAGACUAUAUGGUUGAGUAAGUUGUUUUCCUUCCAGCAAACAGAGCCUCAGUGAAGAUUAACGUUUUAUAGAGUGAAUAAAAUGAAAUAAAUUUUGAAAUAACACAAACUACACUCUC